AUGCUUCCAAGCAAUAUCGGAACCACAGAGCUUGAAUGGUAUGAAGUUCUGAUGGAACUUCACAUUAAAUAUGCACAUACACCACCAUUUACUUGCUACCGUCGUGGAUGGAAAGCAGACAUAAAUGACUGGUACUGGCUAACGGGGGCGAUCAAUAGAUCGGAAGACCGCCGGGAUCUGCCAACUAUCCCGCGACCAACACACAAGAUUGAAUGGUUGGCUCGCACUAAAUUCCAAAGUAAAGUAAAGGUCCCAGAAACAUAAAGAAGAGGCCCAUGGGCCACAUCGCCCACCCGAGUCACCAUGGUCCUGUCGUUGUUCAGCCGUUUUGAUUUUUCAAGAGAAUUUUCUUUAUCAAUUUUUAUUCUCACGAAAAAUUUGACCCCAUAUUGUGGCCUCAACAUAGCCCCAAAAAUCACAGCAUAACUGGAAAUUCACAUAACACAGAGAUGCCUUAACACUAAUAUGACAAACAUUGUCUUGCUGUUCUGAAUAAGACCAAGGUCACAAGAUCAUAGAUCAUGGUAUGAUAUCUUGUCAUAAGAAAUCUAUACUCAGAAUUUUAAAGCUCUAUCUCAAACAGUAUAGGAGAUAUUGAAUAGGUCGUGUUUUUAUCUAAAGUAGGAAAGAUUUCCAGGUCAAGGUCACAAGGUAAAACACCAAAGUAUAACAAGGUCUUGCCAUAAAACUAUAUACAGAAAAUAUGAAAUUUUUAUCUUAAAAUAGUUCAGGAGACAUUGAGUAUGUCAGGUUAAUAAGAAAUUGUGUGAAGGCCAUAAGAUCAUCAAAUAUGAUUGAAUCAUGAACCAUUGUCAUAAAGAUAUGAUAUAAAAAAUGUGAAAGCCCUACCUUGAGUAGUUCCGUUGUCUUAAGAAUAGGUCAAAAUCCAAGGUCAAAGGUCAUAGUAUAAAAUGAAAGAUCUUGACAUCACCAAUUGAUAUACAAAAUAUGAAAGAUCAGGAGAUAUUGAAUAGUUCAGUGGUUUUAAGAAGUAGGUCCAACUCCAAGGUCAAGAAUACAAGGGCAAACUUCAAAAUAUGAUCUUGCAAAAAAGAAUCCAUAUGCAAAAUAUGAAAGUCCUACCUUAAAUAGUUCAGGAAAUAUUGAAUAGGCAAGGAUGUUUUAGAAAGUAGGUCAAACUCCAUGGUCAAAAGAUCAAAUACCAUUGUGUACAAAGUCUUGCCGAAAAGACUCUACAUACAAAUAAUGAAAACCCAACCUGAAAUAGUUCCGAAUAUAUUUGAUAGGCUAUGUUUUCUUAACAGUAGUUCAACAAGUCACAAGGUCAUGCUAUGAAAUGAAAACUCUUGCUAAAACAAAUUUACAUACAAAAUAUGAAAGAUCUACCUUAAAUAGUUUAAGGACAUACAGAGUGUAUUGAAUAGGUCUGAUUUUUAUUAAAGGUAUGUCAAACUUCCAAGACAACGUCAUAAAACCAUACACAAUUGCAUAAUAUGAAUUUGGUUUUAAAUAAAGAAUGUAUAUAUGCACAAAAUAUGAAAGCCCUAGAUUAAAUAGUUCAAGAGAUAUAUUUAAAGAAUUUUUCUAUAUAUUAGCAUAUAACACUUUGAUCCCUAAUUUUGGUCCCUCCCUACCCCUAGGAUCAUGAUGUUAACAUACUUGAAUUUGUACUACAUCAGGAAGCUUUCGUGUAAAUUUGAACUUUUCUGGCCCAGUGGUUCUCGAGAUAGUCUUAGAAGAUUUCCCCUAUACACUGCAUACUCACAGGUAAAACUUUUAAUCCCCUAUGUUGACGCCAUCUUACCUCCGGGAGUCAUCUGCACUAUAUCAGAAAGCUGUCAUUAAAAUUUAAGCUAUUCUGGUCCAGUGGCUGUUGAGAAUAUUUUUAAAUGACCCCAUUCUAUUUUUUGCAUAUUCGUAAUUAUCUCAUUUUGAAGGGGCAUGACCCUUCAUUUGAACAAAUAUUAAUCCCCUGCACCCAAGAAUGAUUUGUAACUUGUUUGAAUGAAAUUGGCUCUGUGAUUCUGGAGAAGAUAAAUUUGUUAAAAAUUUACGGAUAGACAGACCGACAGACAAACGAACUGAGAGACAGACAAAAUGUGAUCUGAAUGGCUCACUUGAGCUUUCAGUUCAGGUGAGCUAAAAUGAUACAACAGGUAAGCACAUCUACCAAUGGAGAACAAUUAUAUGUAAGAUUCCGUGGCAAAAAUAACCUCAUCAAGUUAAUUAAUUCACAGUAACCUUUAACUUAAGAUGAAACUUUAGAACGUAAUACCCAAACAUUGGUAUAUAUGUUCAUAUUAUGAAAAGUAAUGAGAGUUUUAAUUACUGUAUCUAACUAGUGUGUCAUAAAUAUUUUUGUACAUCAUUAUCAUAUCUAUAUGUUAUUUAUUCGAAGAUAUUUUUUUCUUGCUUUUUUGUUUUUUGGUUGGUUUUUUUUUUUUUUUGGCAGACGGCGGCGAAAGCAGAGCUUGAAGAUACAGAAACACAGCGUACGUUACAUAGCUUGCAGAAUUGCUUGGAGACAUCAAAAUUCAAAUAAAAUCACUUCAUCAUUUAUA